UACAGACAGUUUGAAUAAGGUUAGGACCAUAGCCUGUAUAAAAUAUGUUGGGACUUAGCGCCUCACUUUAUCAUAGGCUACUAAACAGCUCAGUAAGCGUGGUGGCGCACCGCCCAGCGCUUUUCCUGAGGGCUUGCAUUGAACGCGCAUGCGCAGUGUGAACCUAACCCUACUGUGUUUUUCCGAUCCGCGCCUGGUGCAGCUGCAGCUCUCGGCUCGGCGCUCUUCCUCCUGGCACAGCAUCACAUUUGUUCUCAGCAGAACCGAGCAGAGCCGUGUUUCCCUUCAGAGCUUAUGUGGCCGUGCGUGGACAGAUGUCUGCAGGGCCAUUUCUUCUCCUCCAGCUCCGACAUUGUGGGUCCACUUUGAGGAAUCACGUGAACGCUCCUGAGGCUGGAGACUUCCAGGCCCACAACACCUGGAUUGCCUUGAACGUUUGGCUGCCAUGAUGCUCGGUUUACAGGGAAGUACGUCGUCUGCCAAAGUGUAUCGUUGUGUGGCGUGUUCAGCCACCUUCAGUGGAUUGGCCUCCUUGUUAGUCCAUCAGGCUACCCAUGCUAGUGCACUCUCCAAGGCCUCCGCCCCUCCAAACCCAAACAUCAGCCCAAAUGAAGCACUUUUUGCAAACAUGGACUCAUCCAGUGAGCACCCCAUUCCACCCACACUCCCGCCUGAGAGCCCUUCACCAUCCUUUUAUAUUUGUGAUUGUGGAGAGGAGUUUCAGGACUUCAGUCUGAUGCUGGAGCAUAAGCAGUCACAUGUCCCUCAGAUACAGCUACUGCAUCCUCUGGAUAGUAAUAGUGUUCUCUCAAGCAGAACGUGUAGUGAUGAAGUUUUUCCCUCCCAGCAUGUAUCAUUAAUUCCAAUUGUCAGUCAGCCAGGUUUAGUCCUCAGUGGCCCCUCUACCUCAAGGUUUCCAGCUGUCGAACUACCCACAUUAACAGACAAUAAAGCUGAUGUUGGCCUGGAGGAUGGCAUUGCCAUAGUAACCACUCCUCAAGACCCGAGCACACCCCUUCAAGAUGACCGUGAGAAGCAACUUGAGAACCCAUCAGCCACAGCACAGCAGAUACCAGAGGCUGUAGACGACAUGCAUUUGCAGAACAAAACGUCUGAUCUGGGCAGCGAAAAGAGCGAGAGUUUACUUGAAAAAAGCUCCCUAAUGAAGUUGGUGGCAUCUGCAUACAUGAAGCGCUUUCCCCAACCUCUGUGUCAGACUGACAAUGAUAAGUUACCCGCAGUUACCCUCAAACAGGAAGUAAUCCCUGUUGAUAUCACACAAGGAGCAAAAACUGAGGUGCCCCCAAUCCACGAUCUCUCUAUUGCACAAUUGAGGCGGCUACUUUCAAAACCUGGCAUAAAGACAAAAGCGCCAUCUAUCAGCAGAAUUCUUGAGUCCAGUAAGAAAAAGGUUGUGUCUCUGACUCAGACUUUCUCACCUGUUGUUGUUCUUGAAACCCGGCAAAAACUCAUGGAGCCUGGCAGUAACGGCACAUACGGGAAAUAUCAAUGUGGGCGCUGUCGAAGGGUCUUUCAAAACAUGGACAAACUGACAGAACAUCAUUUCUUGCACAAGAAAGAGAGAAUUAAAUGUUGUCGUCGCUGCAAACAGCUCAUCAUUGGGCGGCUGCCUUUACCUGACAAUCACAUAUGCCCUCAGUUUGGAAACAAGACCACACAGCCAUCAAGCUCUUUAAAAAAAAAGUUACCGUUCGCGCAAAAAAUAGUGCCAUUCCACAGUCUAAACAAUGCAAAAAAAGUCUUUUUUUGUCCAUUGUGCAAGCACAGCUACGCCCGGAGGUGGAACCUCAAAAUGCACAAGUGCCAGGGCCCAAGGCAGGUCCCCCCUCUGCAGGCCAACCCCUCCAUGCUAUCAUUAAGGUCAAACAGUGAAGCCAAAACAAAUGCAGCAAUUACAGACGGAUCUCAGAACUGUAAGAGUGUUGCUGUGGGCACUGAGGUGACUGGUCGUAUCAAGGUGGAGGUGACCUCUCCCAAUAGAGAGCAGUCUGCAGUUUCACAGAUGGCCUGGACUCAUCCAGCAAAAGGUUUCUCCCCGUUUUACCCAAAGUCUUCCAUGAUGGAGCAGCACACGGACGCCUCUCUGUGUGGGAUUUCGCUCCAGGAAGGAGAGGAAAACAGCAGCUGGGAUGCAGCAGCUGUCGAUGAUGAAGACUCUGAUGAAGGGCAGUGGACGAUGCCCUUGGAUGAUGAAAUGGAGGUGCUGAGCUCUCAGGAGAAAGCCGGUAAUAACGUCGAGGUGAAGAAGUCUGUGUCAGCUCAACAUGCAGAAAUGGCGCCCGCUGCCCUGCGCUAUUUUGUCAGCGGUGGCGUGAAACGCUACCCUUGUAACAGGUGUCAGAAAACGUACAGCCGGCCGUCUACUUUGAGGCGCCAUCUACGUUUGUGUGGAUUUAGACCACGUGUAUCUGGGGGCGCAGCACAGACUGGAGGUCAAGGUGCAAUGCCACUAACUGCCAACAAUGUGAAACCAAUGUUUGCUUGUUUUGUCUGUGGGAGGAACUUUAACCGCAAAGAUAACAUGAUGGUUCACAGGAAGAAAUGUCAGUUGCAGCGUACAUUGAAUGAUGGUGGACAGGUGGAUAGAGGGGCUGUGCAGCAGAGUCUGCCUGGCAAUGCAGCAGAUGGUAAAACCAUCGAGGAUGAUGGAGGCAACUGGGGCAUCAUGUCCCUGCCCUCGGUGCUUCCGAGGAGAGUGACGUGUGAGUGCGGGGUCGGGUUCACAUCCCCGAGGCUCCUCCUGGAGCAUCUGCAGAAGCAUGCACAGGAGUCCUACACCUGUCCCACUUGUGGCGAGACUGUUAAUUCCUGGGCAGACUACGAAAUCCAUCUGCAGAUCCACAUGCAUCCUCAUCACCAGCUGCUGAAGGGACUGCAGCCUCAACGAUCUCAGCCUCUUUUACUUCGAUUUCAGCAGCAGCCGCCUCAGCAGCAGCCGCAGCAGCCGCCUCAGUCAGUGCAUCCGCCUCCACAGAAGCAGCCGCGCACAGAGCAGCUUCAAACUUCCACAAAGAAGCAGCGGAUUGUAUGCACACGAUGCGGCAACACUUUCUCUACUCGCUGCUCUCUUCGAAGGCACUUAUCCUGGAACCGGUGCAAAGGCGUACGAGCUGCAAAUCCCGCUAACCCCCCCAAAACCUAUCACUGUUCCCACUGCAACUCUGACUUCCCCAACACAAUCAGCCUCAUGUUUCACCAGAGGAGCGGGGCUUGCAAGCCCGCCAUCAAGCCUGUGCGUUGCCCUGUUUGUCUCCGCUGGUUCGGCACCAUGGACGGAUUGCAAAAACACUUGCUCACUCACAAACAGUCGUGUGAAUCAUAUCGUUGUGAUGUGUGUCAGGGUACAUAUCCAAACCUGAAAUCACUCAAAAACCACCGCAGGAGAAUUCAUCGCAUCAUGGCUGGAGAUUCCAAGCCAAAAACACAGGAACAGCUGGCUUCUUAGUGACACUUAUACAGAUUUUUUUUACGUAAAAUAGUCUAGAAUGGAGGUGGUACAUUUAAGAGCAGACCACGUUUUAUUAUUGUGAGUUAUUUCCAUAUGUGCCAAUUGUAUAAUUCUUUUUUUUUUUUACCGGCCAUUUGUUAUUUUGACACUGUACAGCCACAUAACAACUUUUAUUUUUUAGAACAAGUCUGAGUGUGUUAUACUAUCUUGCCACAGUAGAAAAAAAAAAGAUAUAUUGUACUUUUUUUUGUCUUAUCAAAAAGUUAAUUCUUUCAUUACAUAGCCUGGUUAGCCUGUAAAUGUUUCUGAAUAUUUGGUAAUCAAACUUUUAUCACAGAGUUGGUGAUGUAGCUUGUUGUUGUGCCUGGUGUUAAUAAACAACAUACCAGUA